AUGGUUGACGGUUAUGACUGGUGGUAUAAAAACCUUCAACAACACAAGCAGUAUAAAGGCAGAACAGAGAUGAAGAUAAAUUAUAAAUCUGGAGACUUCAGUCUGACCCUGAAGAACCCCACAGACAGAGACUCAGGAACCUACAGCUGCACCGUCUACAAGUCAGGAACAAUCCUGGCUAAGAAAGAAGUGCUGCUCAAGGUCAAAGGUGAAGCUGACUCUCUGAUCAUGGCCAUAGACUUUGGUUCAGCAUACAGCGGCUACGCCUUCAAUCUAAAACCCAGAGAGGAAGGAGGUGAGACCCAGUUAAAGACAUGGGGUAAAGAAGUUGGACUGGACUCCCCAAAGACUCCAACCUGCAUCCUGUUUGAUAAAUAUAAACGAUUCCUGAAGUUUGGUUAUGAAGCUAAAACAGCGUACAGCAACAUGAGAGGAGAAGAAGCUAAGAAAUAUUAUUUCUUUGAAGACUUCAAGAGGAAAAUCCUGAACGCAGUAAGUAACAUUAAAGAUCUGCAGCCAGAGCUUCUUCUGCCUUGGAUCCUGCUGUGUCCUCUAUGUCCAGACCUGUCUUCUCAUUUAGAAACUGUGUCACUUUCUGAAUUAUCUGAGAGUUUACAGCUGAACUCUGACCCUUCACAGAUUUCCUCCUACAGUCAGAAAAACAGGUUUUAA